AUGUUAAUUAAAUCAUUAACCUCACUCGGAAAUGUUGGAAACACUUCAUCAAUGACCAAGAGCUUUGGAUCAUCAAGUGGAGGUCUUUCUGGUCAAUCAUCAAACAGUACCGCUUGUUGUAGCAGUGGUGGAAUCAAUGUUGGUGUAGGUGCCAAUGUCAAUCUUGGUUGUGUUGUUGGCACUGUUGAAGGUGUAGUUGGAGGUGUAGUUGGAGGUGUUCUUGGACUUGUUGGUGGACUCCUCGGAGGGGGAGGUUGUGGCUGUUAA